GUGUGUGUGUGUGUGUGUGUGUGUGUGUGUGUGUGUGUGUGUGUGUGUGUGUGUGUGUGUGUGUGUGUGUGGCUUUAAGGUUUAGAGGAAGGGAAAUGCUUUGAAAUACUCUACGGACUGUGGUCGCCUGACCUGAUUAUUAACGUGUCUUUAUGUUCUUCAUUUUCACCAUGAUAAACAUCUUUGCCUACUCUUGUCUUCUUUCUGCUCUGAGUUUUGUGGAGAUGAAGAUUCUCAGCAUAAGAGGCUGUGUUGGGGAAAGAGUGACGUUCAAAUGCUCAGACUGGAACACUGUGCUUGAUGCAAGAUCUUAUGAUAAGUACUUUUGUAGACGUCCAUGCACCGAACGCAAACACAUCAUCAUCAAAGCAGCAUCUGGAAAGACUACACAAGGAAACAGAAUUCAAAUAUUUAACAGAGGAAAUGAUUUAUUUGUGACCUUCACUAAUCUGAAAAAGUCUGACGCUGACACAUAUUACUGUAGAGUGAAGAGGAAUGGUCCUGAUCCAUGGAUAAAGGUGGUUCUUAAAGUUACAGAUGCUGCGUCUUACGGUCCCAAGAGAACUCCAGAAACAGUGGACACAUUUACAACUCUGCCACCAGCAGUGUCAAACAGCUCCACUCUGCCUUCAAACAGCUCAGAUAAUAUCACUGAUGUGUCUGCAUCGAACACGACCCUGAAUACUCCGACACCUUCUGCACCAGCAACACAAGCAGCCGGAAGUGUACCAUAUUUGAUUGCUGGUCUUAUUUUUACAUUCGCCUUAGUGAUGGUCGUGCUGCUGCUUACCAGGAAGCUGAUGAAGAGAGGACGGAGAGGCCUUGAUGUCAGCUCCCCACACGAGGACAUAUACAAUAGUGCACGGCCUGAUGAAGUCUACCAAUCCCUCCACCCGUUGACAAUGGAUGAAGACCAAGUGUACAGCUCUCUCACAGAGGGGUCUGCUCUCCACACAACUUUAGACGACCACUGCAGCAGAAAAUAAUGAUUCAAUCUUUAUUAUAUGUGAGAUAAAUGCAAACAUUUCACCUCCGUCCUGAAGCUUUUUAUCUUUUUGAAUUGGAGUUAUUUUUACAAAGAGACUUGACAUCAAGAGAAUAAUUCAGUUUGCAUUGUCUGUGAAAUGAAGCUCAGCGUAAGUUCAACCAGGAAGACCGUCUAUUCACUAUUCCUACGUAACUACUCUCUCUCCUCUCAAUAAGUGAUCGGGGCGUCACUCUCCAGCUUAACCAAUCACUUCGCUCUAAGCCUAUCAUAGCGCUCUGCCAAACCUUUUAAAUCUGCUCUCCCCUCUGACAGCUGUCAUUUCAGGUGACUCCAUGCAACCCUCAUCCACCCCUUUUCACCUCCUGUCCCUCUGAAUCCAGGUUCAAGCUAGCUAAGCCCCUCCCCUUCA